CUCCCCAUGGAAGUCAUACAAACCGUUUUCGAAACUUCCGCCGCCUAUGACAAGUCCGAGGGCGCGAAGCUAUGCCUCGUGUGCCACACUGCGCAGUACUGGCUCCUUCCCAUCCUCUACCACACCGUCGUCCUCUCUUCCUCGGCCGCUAUCGAGCGUUUCGCCGCCUCCAUCACCGGCACGAGGCCGAGCGCUAGCAACGCCCCCCUGAUCGAACUCAAACCUUCCGCCCUCAUGCGCAAGCUCUGGAUUGGACCGACCAGCAGCAUCGACCAAGCCGACCUCUCCUACAACUCCCUCGCCUGGCCCGUUCCGCGCAUCUGCGCGAUCCUCGCCCUCUGCCAGUCUCUCCACGCGCUCGCGAUCAUGAACGUCCACCAGAAGUCGUGGCCGCGCCUCGCGCUCGACAUCCCGCGCGGCGUGCGCGCGCUCUGGAUCGGGCCCGUGCACGGCAAGGCGGACUGGCGGUACCUCCCGUGCGCGCCGAGCGCGCGCGAGUUCCUCACGAUGGACACGUACAUGACCGAGGACGAGCUGCGGCAGAUCGUGCGCUCCCCGAGCAUCCGUCGCGUGCGCCGCUUCUUCUCGAAGCCGGUGGGCCUCGGCGCGCUGCAGCAGCUCGGGUGCGUCGAGGACGCCCGGGGGCUGGAGAAGCUCGAGAUUGUGUGUUGCAGCAAUUCGAAGGAGGCGGCCGCGGCAGCUUUGGAGGAGGCGCUUCAAACAUAUCGGUACGAGCCGACGCCACACGUCGCGCUCAUACCUAGCUCCCACAUGUACAAAGGGCGCUGCGACCCACUCGCGCUCCUCCAUGACGACUGGCUCAGUGCCACACGUGUAUAGCUGUUGCGACAAGAGUCGUAGCGCUCUUGUCUAGAUAAGGUUCCAGAGCAGCAGAAUGAGUGUGACAGCAUGCAGAUAUAUAUCAGCGUAUGUGGCAUAUAGGUAAUCUUGCCCAUCAUAUGUCAUAGACUCGACUGUAAGGCAGAGCCCCGGGUCCCUGGUCGCUGUAACGACGGCGUGUUUUAC